UAUAAAUUAAAUUGGUGAUGAAGGUGCAUCAGGCUUAGUUUCUGGUUUAGCAAAUUGCAUUAAUCUCUCAAAUUUGACACUUAGCCUUUAUGAAAAUUAAAUUGGUACAAUGGGUGCAUCAGGCUUAUGUUCUGGUUUAGCAAAUUGCAUUAAUCUCUCAAAUUUGACACUUUAUCUUGGUAGAAAUUAAAUUGGUGAUGAAGGUGCAUCAGGCUUAGGUUCUGGUUUAGCAAAUUGCAUUAAUCUCUCAAAUUUGACACUUGAGCUUUGGUAAAAACAGUUUAUUUGUUUUGGAUUGUGA